CUCACAUCGAAUGCAGAGCCAAAAUCUGAAAAAAUAAUCCGAUCUCAGCUCAGAAAUCUUCCAUUUGUGAAAUAAACAUCUGCUGAUCGCGAUCAUUGCGAAUUGUAACGCGACGCCAAAUCGGCGGAAAUAACGUAUCGGCCUCGGUUCCGGAUUGUCGUCAUGGAAAGCCGAAGCAACGAGUUAGCGGUGGCAGUACCCGCGUUAUCCGCGUUACCUGCACUGCCUGCAAUAGUGAAGGAAGAGCCUGCUGAGCAGCAUAACUCCAAGCAAGACACACAGCAGUCUCAACUGCAGGAUGUUUGUCUCGAGGAAGAAUGUGGCGACCAACGUAUCGAAUGCACCACCGAGAGUCAGGAGAGCGAAAUCCGUGCAUUUCUGUCAAAAUGCGUCUUUUGCAACAAAAUUUUCACUCUGGGAGACGAGCCGAAACUUCUCGAGUGCCUGCAUGCAGCUUGUACAACGUGUGUCAAUAAUAAGCUCAGCGAUCAUAACACAUCGGUGGAUGUUGAUGUAUUAUUGGAGAGUAACGUAAUUAUGUGUCAACUUUGCAAUGUUACUAGCCAAAUGGAAAAUCUGAUUGAAAAUAGAUUUCUCUCGAAACUGCUAGAGGAAGAUACCAAUUUAGGAAUAGAGGAUGAAGCUAAAGAUACCGAAGAGGAAAAGAAAUGUACCAGCUGUCAUGAUAAUGUUACAGCUACUAGUUGGUGCGUCGAAUGCGAAGAAUUCAUCUGCCAAAAUUGUGUUAUGGCACAUCAGAGAUUGAAAAUAACAAAGGAUCAUACAAUUAAACCUAAGGAUGAAGUAGCGAAUGAUAGAGACAAUGUUAAGAAAGGUAACAAGAGGAUACCUGGAUGUCUGUUUUGUACAAUCCAUCCACACGAACAAUUAUCUUUAUUUUGUCAGACAUGUGACAGAUUGACAUGUAGAGAUUGCCAACUCAGUGAGCAUCGUGAUCAUAAGUACAAAUUUAUUCACGAAAUUGCUGCUGAGACUCGUUCCUCCGUGACCACUUUGCUCAAGGAAGUUAGUUACAAACGAGUAUUAUUACGAAGCGCGAUGAAAGUUAUAGAAGAUAGACAAAUAUUAAUAUUAGAGAAGAAGAAGAACCUUGUUCAGGACAUAACUCAGAUGGUAGUACAACUAACGAAUGCUAUCAACACAAGGGGGAAGCAAUUAGUGUUGAGACUGAAUGAAGUGUGUGACCAAAAGCAGAAUACACUGAAUGAGAAAAAAGUCGCACUGGACCAGUUAUCCAAGCUCACGGAUCAUUGUAUACUCUUCGGCACUUACGCCCUGAAUAAAGGCUCCGAUAUGGAGUUAUUAUAUAGUAAAAAGUCCGUGACAAGCCACUUGCAGAGGAUAAAGAGCCGACGGGCUGACAUUCCGAAUCCGGAAAUACCAGUUCGAAUACACCUGUCUCUGGAGAAAGUACCAGACCUGAUAAAAGUUGUAUCGUCGAUCGGCGCGAUAGUCGUUGACGGUAGAGUGUACCCGUCUAUAUCUCCCACUGCCUGCGGCAACACCGCGGUGACUUAUAACGAGUCGCAAUCCGAGCAAAAGCAAACGACCAAUUCUACGAACGCUCACACGGACGCCACCGUCCCGGUUGUGCAACAGCAGGGGUUACCGUUACCCGCGAUGGUGCCGCAGCAAACGGGCAAUGCGCCACUGAACUCCUACCAGCAAGUGCCUCUGCAUCUACCGCCGCAGCAGCAACAACACACUCAACAAUCGCAGAAUUACAUGCAGCAAUACUCCGUGCCGCACAACAUGCCGCCCCGGUCGUCGCCGCAAACACAUCAACCACGAGUGCCGUACACGGUCAACUACAACAACAGGCUGCAGCAGCCGAUGAUGAUACACCAGCAACGACCGUUGACCAACUGCCACCAGCAGCAAGUCACGUCGUCCACGCACCCGCAUCAACAGGUUCAGAACCUGGAUCCGCAAAUUCACGGGCAGAACGCCAGUCUACGCGGACUCCUCGCUCACAAUCCACCGCCGCCUCCGCCGCCGGCUCCACCGGCUGCUGCUCAUCCGUCGUUUCGGGCGUCCGGUAAUCACGUGCAGUAUCGAUUACCGCCUGGAUACAACAGAUACUCCUCGAGCGGGAACUCUCAGAGAGGAACGGUGGCACCGAUACCGCCGCCUCACUCCUACCAACCGGCGAACCCGACCGUUGUGCCCGGAGGGACGCGCUUGCAGCAGUGCAACCUGGCGUCUCCGACGACGGCGCAACACCACGCCAAUUACAACGUGCAGCAACACUCCACCGCGGCGCGUUGGCACAUACCUCAGCAGAUGAACCCAUGCGUGCCUUUUUACACGUCGCCCCGCCAUCACCCCGCAGCACCGCACGCGCCAGUUCCUUUCAACGACACGUACAAGAUCACCCUGAGGAACCAGCAAGGGAGUAAUAAUCAAAAGUACAGCGGCAACUCGGCCGAGCGCGGCGCGUGCGACAAUCUGUCCAGUCCAAUUCAGUCGAACUUGACUAUCGUCGGACACAUAGUCAGCUCGUCCAUGCCUAAAACGCCCAGUCCGGUCACCACUCCCGGCAAGGCGGACGAGACUGAGAAGAGUCUGGAUAAGUUUUGUCAGAAGUCGUUGAACGACUUGAUGCUGACCAUCGCGAAACUGGACAGCAAUGGCAUCAUGGUGAUACCGGAGGCUCAGAGAAAUCAAAUGGACUCGGCGCAAGUCGAUAGCUCCACCGACGAGGACAUGAACUCGAUGAACGAGAACACGACAGCGGAUAAUCCGAAAAAUCCGUCGGCUUCGAUGGUCAUGAAGGACGACCCGAACGAAGACUGGUGCGCAGUAUGUAUGGACGGGGGUGACGCAGUGCUCUGUUGCGACAAAUGUCCAAAAGUCUUCCACCUUUAUUGUCAUAUACCUAGUUUAGAGUCAUUUCCAGACGAAAGUGAAACUUGGCAAUGCAUGUUGUGUACGAAUGUCCUCGAUUGCACGGACGAACCGUCGACUGGCGAGAAGAGGUCGAGCGGUAUGAACACCAAGGAGUUGCGAAUCGCGCAAAGAAUCGUGUUAGAGCUCUACUGUCAGUACGAGCAGAGUCUUCCUUUUCGAGAAGUCGUAUCGAGCGAGAUUGCCGAUUACCAUCGAAUUAUCAAGAAACCGAUCGCUUUGGAUAUAAUCAGGGAUAAAUUGAAGCAUGAUCAUGUCAAUCACUACACAGAUUUGAGACAAGUCAUGGCGGACAUCAGGCUAAUGUUUAAAAAUGCAUUCACCUACAACCCGGUCGACUCACAAGUGUAUCAGGAAGCUAGGAAUUUAGAAGAGUUCUUCGAGAAGUUGUUACUGAAAUGGGCUCCUAAUUACGCGUACGACGAUCCUUUCCUCGCGACCGAUAAAGACGAAGACGAGGAGGUUUUUCCACCUAAUAGAAAGUAUAAACGUAUAAUUAGCGAUUAAUAGGAUACGAUACUGCGUGAAUUAACUCGUUAUGAAUUGUUCCUCGUCAAAAUUUUGUCCGAGACAAAAUUGCUUUGGCGAUUCUUGUACGCACCUCGUAUUGUUAAUUUCGUAAUUUGAUAGAACGCGAUAAGCAUUGAGAUUAUCGUUGAUACAAUUAAUCGUUAGAAAGAGUUAAAAGUAAAGAGUAAAGCGAGUGAGAUAUAUUGUGUUUUAAGUGGAAUUGAUUCGUAAUUAAGUUUUCUCAUAUGCAACCUCGGUGCAUUGUUUUCAAACAGGGCGAUUUUUGUUGAACAAUUUUAUUGAACAAAGAUUUUGUUUCUGAAGAGGAAAUCGAACGAUAUCGUGCGAUGAACGAUGAAUUUAUCGUAAUCGAGUAUAACGCCUAACUUCACAGCCUUCCUUUUCCGACACAUCUCGUUUAUCGGGUACGUAUUUUAAUAUGUGUGUUUUUACAGACGCGAGAAAACGCGGUCAGGCUUUCAAUCAAAUCUCGAAUAUGUGUAAACAGUGAAUUAUUAUCGCUUGAAAUUUUACCGCAUUGGUUUACUCCGCGCGGUAUGCUUGUUAACAUUAUAUUAAAUUAAUCAAAUAGUUCUAUAAUGUAAUUAUCCUUUAACAUAUUUUUUACGAAUUUCUUUCAUCUUUGUACCAUUGCAUGCAAAGUACAUUGUUUAUAUGAAGUAUACGCACAUCUACUGCAUAGAUAAAUAAAAAUCUAUUUAUAAUUUUCA